CUCUCCCCGCUGGAAGCCCUCGUUUUAAACUCUCACUUGGGCCUAGUUUUCCGGAAUGACUCGGACCCACGAACCGUUGUCUUUACCCCGCACAGGCCUCACGGAGGAAGCGGAAUCUUACUGCGGCUUCACCCGACCACCGAGGAGACCUGCGGACUUUCCAACUCCAAGGAAUCGAACACCUGUGUUCGGCUGUUUGUUAGCCGUGUUUGCCUGCGACGAUACGGCUUCCAACUGCUCAGCUGCAGCGGCACCGUCCGGCCCGUUAAACCGGUUAGCCUAGACAGAGUGGUGCUCGGUGCCCGCAGCAGAAAUACUCUUUCCUGGGCCGGUAAGCAGUCGUUCUCCAACAGAAUACUGGAGCUCUGCAGCCGGGAAGAGUCGCUGCUAGUCCGCAGAGGGUACCCGCUGCUGCUUCCACGACAUGACCCGGAACAGCAAACAUCACCAGAGUUUCUGGUUUUGGAUUGUAGUCCAGUUAUUCAGGGCCGGAUCACGGCGGACACCUCUCUGGUUCUGACCGAGUGCUGGGACUCAUCGGAGCUUACUGUCGCCCCCUGCAGGCCAAUCAGUCUGUGCAUAUCAGACUUUGCUCAUUAUGCAGACGGCCUUGGAAAUGGCAGGUCCCUCCUGAACAGCAGACGGCUGCUGGACUCUGGAUUCUCAAAUGUCCUGCGUGCGCUGGAGUGCAGUGUUGAUGUUCGUGUGGCUGACACUCGGCAAUGGGCGGAGGUUGGACACCAGGAGGCGGCGACGUUGGACGCAGACAGCAGCGUGUUCAUGAGCAAACGGCUGCUCCUUCGACUGGGACUGUUCAACCGUGAGUGGGUGUGGCUGUGCAGAGUGGGUGAGGCCCACAGACCCUCCACAGAGGUCAGAGAGCGACUGGUCACCGUGGUGGUGGGCGACUCGGCAGAGAGUCAGGAACCACAGAACCAAGAGGACGUAGGCCUUAUAUCUGCCACCCUGUGGUUCAACUUGACUGACGGAGAAAUGGUUCCAGUGAAUAAAUGCACACUGAGGAUGAAGAGGUGGAUGCCUUCUCCUCUGGACCGUGCAGGUCUCUCUGAAAGCUCCUGUCGCUCAGCAUCGCCACCAUUUGCCAACAUGCUCCACGUGCAGCCAGUGGCAUCACCGCUGUACAAGGACCCGAGCAGCUGCUGUGAUCUUCUGCUGUCAGAACACUUUAACUGUCCCAGACUGGUCUCACAGGGUGACAUCAUCACAGUUUCCUGUCAGAACCAUCCAGAACUGGUGGAAAACAAUGCUGAGAACCUCUACAGGUGUUCGGUGCUGUUCUUCAAAGUACAGAAGGUUUGUCCACCAGGGGGAGGAGAAGAUGAUAAAGAUGGAGGAGGAAGUUGUGGAGCCUUCCUGGCCGACAGACUUCACACUUCCCUCUACAUGGGUGCAUCUACCAACAGCUCUGCCCCCUGCUGCUUGGUGGAUGGAAUGUCUCUGGGGACCUCUCUGUCUCCUCCAGGUCUCCACCAGAUUGUUGAUGACCUCUGUGGAAUUGUUCUGCCGCACCUUCACCACAGUAGAUCUCUGUCCAGUUGUACUGUCCUCCUUCAUGGUCCAGCAGGAAGUGGAAAAGUGAUCGUGGUCAGUGCUGCUAGUCGCAGACUGAACCUCCACCUGCUGAAGGUGGACUGUGUCGGCUUGUGCGCCGACACUUCUGCUGCCUCUGAGGUGAAGUUAGCAUCAGUGUUCCAGAAAGCUGCGGCCGUGCAGCCCUGCAUGCUGCUGCUCAGGAACCUGCAUCUACUCCUUCAACCCAAAGGUGGAGCCAGCGAGGAGGACAGCCGAGUCAGUGCGUCACUUUGCCAGCUGCUCAGCAGUGUCCCCACCAGUGUGGUGGUGGUGGGAACCGUUUGCAGACCUCGGGAUCUCUCUGCUGGUGUUGUGACAGCGUUUGUGCAUCAGGUGGCAUUAGAGAGUCCAUCUGAAGAGCAGCGGAGCUCAAUGCUGGUCGGCCUGACCUAUGACCUCCACCUGGGGAGGGAUGUCAGUCUGGAGAGACUCGCCAAGCUCACAUCGGGGUUUGUGUUGGGGGAUCUCAGAGCCCUGGUGGCCGAGGCAGGAAGAGCAGCCUGUAGGAGACUGAGGCUCAUCUGUGGCCGACUGCAGGAGGAGGACCUGUGCCAGACCGGUGUGACCAUCCAGAACCAGGACUUUACCUCAGCACUGGAGACUCUGCAGGACGCUCAGUCCAAAGCUGUUGGAGCCCCAAAGAUCCCGAAUGUGCGGUGGGAGGAUGUCGGGGGUCUGCAGCAGGUGAAGAAAGAGAUCCUGAACACGGUUCAACUUCCUCUGCAACGUCCAGAGCUUCUGUCUCUGGGUCUGAGCCGCACAGGGAUCCUGCUGUACGGACCGCCCGGAACAGGGAAAACACUGCUGGCCAAAGCCGUGGCCACGGAAUGUUCCAUGACCUUCCUCAGCGUCAAAGGUCCAGAGCUGAUCAACAUGUACGUGGGUCAAAGUGAGGAGAACAUCAGAGAAGUGUUCUUUAGAGCUCGAUCAGCGGCUCCUUGUGUCAUCUUCUUUGAUGAGCUCGACUCUCUGGCUCCCAGCAGGGGGCGAAGUGGAGACUCUGGAGGAGUCAUGGACAGGGUGGUGUCGCAGCUGUUGGCUGAGCUCGACGGUCUAGACUCAGCGUCUGGAGUUUUUGUGAUCGGAGCCACCAACCGUCCUGACCUCCUGGACCAGUCACUGCUGAGACCAGGAAGGUUUGACAAGUUGGUUUACGUAGGAGUCAACAAGGAUAAAACCUCCCAGCUACAAGUACUUGAGGCCAUCACCAGGAAGUUCCAGUUGGACCCCGGCCUGGACCUGGAGCUGCUGGUAAACAGCUGUCCAGAUCACAUGACGGGGGCUGACCUCUACGCCCUCUGUUCAGACGCCAUGACAUCAGCGAUCAAGAGGAAAAUCUCCCUCAUAGUAAAAGGUGUGGACUCGGAGGACACGCCCCUCCUCCUCUGUGCUGAGGAUUUCUCCGCAGCCUUAGGAAACUUCAAACCGUCAGUAUCGGAGCAGGAGCUGCUGCGGUACAGAGCCGUGCAGCAGCAGCUGGCUGCCACAUGAGAACUGUGGAGAGACGUCACAUCAUGAAGCAGUAAAUUAUUUAUGUAAUUAUGGAAAGAAAUGUACAAAGUAACAGUGAAAUGUAACAAACUCAGGAAUAUGUAUAAAAUAUUUUGAAUAAACAUUUUAUACAAAUACUAAC